AUGAAUAUCCACUUUCGAGUUCCAAAAAAAUCAAUGAGUGUUGCACUGAGAGAGUUAUCCAAUGAACCACAGAAACCAAUGGUACAUGCAAAAAUUUUGUCGGAAAACCGUGAUCAUGCGUCAAGCGAGGAGGAGGUCCGACUUUAUGCAAGUAGCAUUGGAAUAGAUGUUGCCAAAGAAACCGAUUUAUUGUGGAUUGCCAAAGAAGGCGUUAGCGCACCGCUGCCCAGAGGGUGGCAAGUCCUACAGGAUGAAAAUAAUCAAAUAUUUUACUAUAAUAGUGCAUCCGGCCAGAGUUUGUGGGAGCACCCGUUGGACUCAUAUUAUCGCAAGAAGGUUGAACAGGCCAGGUACAAGAGACUUCAUGUGGAAAACACUUGCAUUGCUCACUCGAUAUCAGAUGCUUCUUCAAGACGUUCAUCGGUGUCAACAGUGGCGCAAGAUGGAGUUAGUCUGGUUCCUAUUCGCGCCCAACAUACAUCUACUCCGGCGGCUACCACUUGGGACAUAGAGAAGGCUCCUCAUUCUGACUCGAAUGUGUUCAAACCAACUGAAGUGGAUGACUGGGCCAGUGCUCCACUUCUUGGUGAGGGUACUUCUACUGAUAAAGGUCAGUGUACACAGAUCCCCUUGACUUCUGGCUCAGAGAAAGAGCUGCUGACGGAAUAUCGUGAAUUGGUUCCAUCUGUUUCGUUGACAGCCGGUUCUAAAACUCUUCCACUCGGUCACUCUACUGCUAGCCAACAGCUGUCAAGCCAUGUUGAAACUCAUACCACCGCUUCACAAACGGACGAUAAGGGAGCGACCACAAUACAAAAUGACACAUCCAAGCAUGAUACAAGACAGAAUGUGACUAGUUGUGACCUAACAUUACUCCAGACGAGGUUGCGGACUUCACUGUUAUCCAACUGCGACCGCCCAUCUCCACUAUUGACAAGGGAAGCUGGUCAGACGCGCUCAUUUUCACUUUUCUGCUCCCCAAAGCGGAUGCCUCUUGAUCCGUUGCGGAAUUCCAGUAACACACCAAAACAACAACAACAACGGUCGAAAGAUUGUGUCCGUCACUUAGGUAGUCCACUCUCGAAACCCGAUAAUCACGUUAUCUUUGCUCCUAGUCCUGAUUCCAAACCGACUGAAUCUGACGGCUUGCCAUUCUGUCCAGAACUUGGUGAAUCACCGACAGAAAGAAAGGCAGACCAAUCACUGACCGUGAAUCAACUCAGUGCGAUCAGGGAGCACCCGAAUUCCAUGGAUUCCCACACACCCAAAAAGUCUGAAACGGCCAAAUCCACUUCAGUAUUGCAUAUUGAUGAGAAUCCACGUAAGCCAUCACCCAACUGUGUACCGCCAACUUUAUCCAUCAGACGAUCACUGCUCACGGAACAGCAUCCAGCCAAGACCGAUGAUAGUGAGAAGCAUAUUCCGGAAAUGGAGACGCUACCGGGCUUUAACGAAGGUGUCGGUCAUCUAUUCGAGGAGAGGGCCCGUUUGCAACGCAAAAUGCUUCGAAUUAAGCUUAUCUACAAAACUUACAAGCAACGGCUGGCCAGUCUGGAUGCUAGUCUAUAUGUUCUGCAGCAACGCGGUUCUACGACGUCUACCCCAGUACUACCUACACGUGCCUCCGACAGACAGGUGCGAGCUCCCAGACCAUCACAAACCAAGUCAAAUCAUGAUUCACUUGUCAUUUCACGUGCGCAUUUAUCUCCGGGCGAUUCUCCAAGCUCGGAAUCUGUAUUGGCCUAUGAUUUUCAAGCUAACACUAAUGGAAAGCUAGAAGUCAUCGAUAUCAGAGAAGGGCCCAUUCGCUCCUGUUCAACAAGUUUAAAAGCAUCUGCUCUUCGUAAACCAUACAGGUCACUGUCCGUUACGCGACACACGGCACCUUCUUGGUCUAGUCCUGCAACAAGACACACCCCUUCUUCUCAUCGCCAACCUUCGACCCCACUUCAUUCAAAGAUCCCCUCUGGUGGCGGUGAACUGGCCCAUUCCCUCGCAUCCAUCGAUGCUCAAUUACAUUAUGUGAUGCAUCAACUGGAGUCCAAUGAGGCGUCUGUUGUUUGUGAUCGGUGCAUUCACGAGAAGCAUACCCACUCGCCGGUUGCCGGACAUACGGUCAUUCCAACAAUGCAAUCGCAUUGUAAGGAUACGAAACUUAAUCAGCUGCAAUGUGGACUUGCUAACCUUUCGCUGAACGAUCCUGCGCUGUUUGUAAGAAAAUCAUGUAUGACUGACUUGCGCUUGUUGACGCCUGUUUCACAAGAUGAUGACCAGAAUGGCUUCCAAAAACCCUACCUAGAUGGAAGCCCGACCUGGCUCAAUUCCGACUGAAUUCUCGGAACCAUUGACCUUGACUCGCAGGAUGGAUAACGCACAUUUAUUCCCAGAGAUAACUAUUUUUCUAUCAGGUUCUUUUAUUGAAAUUGCAGCUACUUUUUUACAGUUCCAUAUCGACCAACUUCUUCCCACCUUUUUACACCUGAAAGUUCGACACUUGCUGUUUGUAUCCUCAUUUUUUCUCCCAAAAUGUCUGGUCUGAAUCGCGGCAUACUUUUUAUUCAUGUAUCCUGCUG